UUACCUUGAUGUAUCGUUUGUAGAUAGUUUCAAAGCAGGUGGUUCUUGGUUAACUUCAUGCGAUUAUUUUCACAUUCAAAAUGAUUUGUAUAGAAAAUGGUUACAGGAUUACAAAAUAUUUCCUGUUUAAUGCUUUAAUUCUUUUUCCUCUAUGUUUUGCACAAGACGAAAUAGAGCUAAGAUUGGAGAAUCAUGAUUGGAAACCUCCAAGAAGACAUCUAUUGUGGAGAAGUAGUUCAUCUAGCAUGACUGGUCCAGAACUGGCAGUUUACAUAAUCGCAGUGGUAAUUAUUACCUUUAUAUCGAUAUGCUGUAAAUACUGCAUUAGAGAGGGAUGUGAACCAACAGAUAAUUACAGAGAUGCAGUUGUUCACCCGCCACCAAGAAAUCCUACAGUUCCUAUUGCACCAUCAUCUGGCAGAAGACUACUAAAUCCUCCAAGAUCUAGUGGUUCAAUCAUUUUGCCACCCGAAGAUGGAGUAUUUGCAGUUGAUUUAACAGGAAUAGAAAAUCCUAAUUAUAAUCCUUCGAUUCAUUUGGCAGUGCCUAGUUACCAUCCAUCUACAGCGCCACAAUUUUCAAUGAAUGAGCCAAACAAUGAAAAUCCAACACCUAUACUGGACUUGCCGCCUUCUUACGAAUCAGUUGUUAAAACGCAAAAUUCUGAAUUCUCAAAAGUUUUUGAUAAAUCUCCGAAAUAGAACUCAAUAUUGAGAACGGUAAACACCAAUUAAUUUUACAGAUAUUCAGAUAACUGCAGUGCACAUUGUCAAAACUGGCAUUCAAAAGAAGUAUUACUUGUGAAUGAGUGUUUCCUACUAAUGAUGCGUUGUACUUUCCAAGAAAUUCAGCAUAUAAAUAACUGUUAAAUGAAAACAUUUAGAUCUUCAUAAAGAUUUUCAUUCGCAGACUGAAGUGAGAACAUCAAGAAAAUCACUAAAAAGGAUUUUAAAAAAUGUAGUCUACUAUUUUGAAGAGGACAGCUAUAAUAUACAAAUAGCCAGUUUCUGAGUGAUUUUUAAGUACAAUUAAAGUCAAAUCUUUUAAAGAAAUUAUCGUCUUUUCCAGGAAAUUGCUUUUAUUUUAAUUUCCACUUAUUUAUCAAUGAAUUCGCAAGUCUAAUAUUAGUAUUUAAGACAGAAUUUAUAGAAAUUAACAAGAAAAUUACUUAUCUUACAUGAUUAGUUUUUAAUACCUGAAAUGAAACAUCUUUGAUCAUAUUAAUGCUACGUAGCAUACUGAAAGUAAGGGCCUUUUCUUUAAACACGAAUUUUAAGUUGACGGCAAUUACUAUUAACAAAAUAAAGUUAAUUAAAAAAUUUAAUAAAAAUUAAAAUCGGCAUAUGCAGAUUCCCUUCUAAUCUUGCCCUAAUGGCUAAUUUCUAAAUCUAUAGAAAUAGAUAUACAGUUCCAGUUUAUUAAACAUUAAAUUUUGUAAUGAAUUAUAUCUUAGCUCAAUAAAUGUACAACUGAAAUAAUUAUGAAAUCUGUAUUAUUCUUACAAAAACUCCCGGUUGUAUUAGUCAUAACUUUUAAAAUAUUCUUAACAACCCAAGAUUUUAAGAAAAGUUAUAAAGCUUUUAACUUCAUUAUUUAUGAUCAAUCAAAGUUCACUUCGAAGAAAUGGAAUCCGUUAAUUUGGUGUUCUUUCUUGAUUAAACUAUUGAAAUUGCUUAAAAUAGUCUAAAAUAAUGAUAUUAAAAGCUGAAUAACUCUCCCAAUUUUGGCAGCAGAAGAAUUUUUUUUUUGUUUAAAAUCGUAGUGUACCAAGAAUAUUUUAUUAAAUAUAACUGACAGGAAUGAGGAUUAGAUAAAGGUUAAGAUUUUGUAAGUUUUCAGCAUUACAUUUAUUGAUUGAAGCAACAUAAAAUAAAAUUGUAUAAGAUAUAUAAAGACUUCUUCCAAAUGGAAUUCCAUAUAUAUCUCUAAUGGUUUACAAAUUAAUACUCUGUAUAUUAUUUAAAGGAAACCAGAAAAAUUCCUCUUAAGGGAAAAUAUCUCCGUUUUUUAAAUGCCUUUAUCUUUAAUCACUAUAUAAUUCUAGCUUAUCCUUUUAAAAUGAAAAUAUCAAUUAUUCCAGUUUUACACCCCAGAAGCAAAUGACUUCUAAAAACUUUAUUUGCUCUUAAUACUUUUAAAAUAUUCCACUUAUGACUUUAAAAAAUUUUAAAUUUUGCAUUUAGAAUUUGCAUGAAUUGCGUGUUUUGGAAUUUAGGUAAAUUUAAAAAAAUAGAAAGAGGUUGGAAGAAUUUUUCAUUUGCUUUGUUAAAAACUGAUGUGUGAUAAUAAUACUAUCUCAAUGUAUUUAUUUCAUAUUUAUGUUAUAUUGUAGUUAUAUAUAGAGUAAAAC